AGAAAGAGCGCCCGGGAUCCAGAAUCAGCUUUGAAGCGCGUCUCGUGAGCUGUUUGUCACGUUUGAGGCAGCUGUAGGACGCCUACUAUCCAUCCCCGGCGAUCUAUUACAGCGCUGUAGCCUAGGGGCGCAGCCAAGCCACACAACACAGCUUGGAGUGACAUUAAAGUCCACGCCGACGCCAUCGACGCGGCGCACGAACAAGUAUACGAUGGCUGAAGAUAAGCCGAAGUACUCGUUGGCCGCAAGAUGCGCCGCCGAGGCCGUCGGCACGUUCACGAUCGUCGCCGGCGGCUGCGGGGCGGUAUCGGCGGCGAGGUACGCUGGAGGGCCGCCCAUCGCCGCCUCGGCCUUUGCUGGGAGUGUGAUGAUCGGGGUCUACGCCACGGGUAGUGUGUCAGGUGCCCACCUGAACCCGGCCGUGACGGCGGCCUGCGUGGCCACAAGCAAGCCGGGCCCGUGCUCGCCGGACGAGGGCCUGUGCUACGCCGCCUCGCAGACCGUCGGCGCCUUCCUGGCGGCCUGCUGCAAUUUUGGGAUGUACAAGACGGGUAUCCGGGCUCUUGAGAAGACGGAGGGCAGCGCCGCGUGGGGCAACGCCUUCGGCGUCGCGCACAAUCCCAAAUUCCUCGGGACCCGAGCUUUAUUCUUGACGGAGAUCGGCUCGACGGCGGCGUUGUUGUUCGGCGUCAACGCUAUUGUAGAUCCCGAGCUCGGGGCGCCGCCGCAAGCGGCACCAUUUUUAAUUGGGUCCAUCGUCGGCCUGCUCAUCUUCGUGACGGGGCCCGUGUCCGGCUGCGGGAUGAAUCCGGCUCGGGACGUCGGGCCGCGGCUCGUGACGCUGCUCGCGUCCGGGCCCUCUUCCGCGCUGGGGCCGUCGCCGGCGUGGACUUAUACGCUGGGGCCCGUGCUCGGGGCAAUUGUCGGGUCGACGGCGUUUUCCGCGUUCAAGUCGGUGCUGCACGCGAAGCCUGAUGCUUAACGUUUUUUUGGAGA